UGGAGGCAGCCCUCUUGCUUGGUACAGGAGCUGUAAAUCCCAGAUGUGGAGAGCGGAGUGCUUCGCAUUGACCCUGCCACCUGCCAAGCCCCUGCGGCCCGUGAGGACCUACUUAUCGGACACUUAAUAUACUCUUGCUGUCUGCCCUGUGUGCACGUGCCCUUGCUGUUUACCCCGCUUAACGUGCAGGGUGCUGUCCACCCGCUUGCUCGGUCUCCUGUGGUGUACCCACUGAAUGAGCUCUGACUGUGUGUUCUGUCGCAUGUGCCCCUGCUGAGUGUCCAGUGGACGCGGUGCUGCCGUGUGACCGCCGCGGAUGUGCCAGCUCUUAGGCCUGAGGCGGACUGCAGGUGUGUCAGCUGGAGGCGGGCAGAACCAGAACCGGGAUCGUGCUGACUUUGCCCUUAUAGCCUCUGCUCCCAGCGGGCGGGUCGGCAGCGCCCAGAAAGCCCGAGAACCCGGGCUCAGCAGCGCCUGGGCGACGCGGACUUACUCAUAGAGCCAUGAGGAACACCAGCAAGGAGGUCCAGGGCACCUCUCACCGCUAUGCCCCCUGUGAUUGGUAUUACCACGUACCUGUGAAGCGCUCUGAAAAGGCUGUGGGUGCCCCUCCAGCAUCCCAGAUCCCGGGGCUCAAUGACUUGGGAGACUCCCCAAAUGGGAAUUUGCCCCGUGCUCGGAGAUACUGGAUAAAAGAAACAGAUUCGGAGUAUGUGAAACUGGCGAAGCAAGGCGGUAGACCUGAUUUGUUGAAGCACGUUGUCCCUGGUUCCAGGAAAGGCUCCCCAGUAGCCUACUCCUUGCCAGACUGGUAUAUUCACAACAGCAAGCCUCCGACAGCCCACCAGCGAGAAGUCCCUGCAGUCUCCAUUCCAGAUUACAUGGUGUAUGAAGAAUUCAACCCCGAUCAGGCCAACGGUAGUUAUGAGUCCAGACUAGGCCCCUUUGACUUUGACAUGAAAACAGUUUGGCAGAGAGAGGCUGAGGAACUCAAAAAUGUGAAGAGAAAGGUGAAACUGCCGGCCAUUAAUUCCAAGAAUCCUACCAAACCAGGGACCCCAGUUAGCAACAAAGACCUUGAUGGGAGCAGACUGUCAUUGCCUCCCAUGCCUGGUCAAAAAACUGGUUCACCAACAAACUUUUCCAAACUUAUCAGCAAUGGUUAUAAGGAUGAGUGGUUACAGCAGCAGAGAGCGGAUUCUGACAAGAGGACUCCAAAGACGUCCAAGACAACCUCGUCCACUGAGUCCACACAGGAGUCUGAAAGCACCCAGGACACAGAGACGCCCCAAGAUCCAGGGGCACCUGAAGACUCUGCGAAGACUCCAGAUGCAGAAGCCUCCCCACCACCAGAGUCAACACCAGCAGAGCUCAAAUAAGCCCAGAGAAGCUAUCCCAGACAAUCUUUCUCGUCGCUUUCUGUGGAGUGACGAUGGACAGCUGUAUUUGCAGGCUCCUGUUGUAUUUGUUAAUGUAGAGUCUUACGGGACAACUAGCCUUGAGUAUAGUUGGGGUCACCAUAGCAAACACAGGGUAAGUGUGGGGGUUUGUUUUUUGCAUUUCUCUGGAGUGGCCUUGCUGCCUGAGGAUGUCUGGAACCAGAGUCUUCCUCAAGCUUACCUCGAAAGUCCUCCACACCGAAGUGUGGAGUGUCGCUCCAAGACUCUGAAAGGGAAGAAACGCACAAGCUGCAGCUUUUUCCUGCGUUUGGUUCCAUAAUCUUUAUAGAAACAAUUUCCCAUUACACAGAAAUGACUAAUUCCAGAGCUUUCUGAUGUAAUUUGCCGUAACAAAGUUAUAUUAUGCCUUAAAGCAUUAUAACAUUAGCUCAUUUUUUUCCUAAUAGUUUGAACACAAAC